AGAGAGAGAGAGAGAGAGAGUUGAAUGAAAGAAGAAAAGGAAAUUGGAAGAGUUAGAAAAUGUUUGCUGGGUGUUCUACUACAUUGUUGUUGCCAGGGCAUAAUCUGAGGAGUGAACCAUCUACAGUUUGAAGAUUGCCAUUUCGCUUCAAUGAGCACACACAGUUUGGAUUUUCCAUAUAGUUUCCCUAGGAAAAACACUUCACGAUCACAGCCCAUUGAGUCUUUCAAUAGGGAAGCUUUUUCAAGUGAAGACCAAUAGUAGUUCUCUUACCCAGAGCAUCCACCUCCCACCUUCGGCAACCACUGGUCAACAGUAUUCAUUGAUGGUAUGAGAGAGAAUAAAGAUGAAUUUUGGGAGAAAAGUAAAAGCUUGAAGAGGUCAGCUGAGCAGGGGUCUUUUGACUAUGAGUCCUGCAUGAGCAGAGUUAAGAGGAAAAGGGGAAAUGGGAAAUCUGAAGAUUCCCUAGAAGGCGGCAAUAGCUUGAGUUUAGGCCAACAGGGUACUGGGAGGUUUUCGUUUCGACAAAGUUUCGAGGAGAGGAAGAAAGGGUGUGUUUUUUUGCCUGGCGACGCAAUUUCACGGCCUUUGCCUUUCUCAAAAAAUCCUUGGGUGGAAUCGGUAGUGACUCGGAUUACAGACUUAGGUGAUAAGAAUGUUGACAAAAGCCAGGGGGGCGGCCUGCGAAGGAGGCAUCUGGAUCGAGCACGUCUAGCCCCGAUUCCAAAUGAAAGUUUUGAGGUUGUAUCAGGUGACCACGACCAUGGGGAGCAUGAUGGAUUUGAGCUAAUCAAUUUCCGCAUGGCUUUUGUAGAUGCAAUUUGCUCAAAGAAUAUAACACGCACUAACCAUUUUAUUGCUAGAUUGGGGAAGCUUGCUUUCCAACUGUAUCUCUUAUUACCCGCGUCAUUGCUUACUUUACUGAGGCUUUAG